GCGAUUUUGAACGGCUUUGAGGCGGCCGAGAUCCACAGACGGCUGGGAAGCAAUUGCUGGGAAGCCAAGCGUCAUUGUUUCUUGUCUUCUCACCAUGGUCCUUUCACACUCACACCCAACAUCUGGCUGGCAGUUGACCGAAAAAGGGCACUCAUGCAUGGAUUCGUUCACCUCUUUGUCAUCUCUCCCUGAUUCCUUCCCAACACACACACGCCACCUAUCGACACUCACUUCUCACGUGCACGCAAUAAGGUAUGCAUCAUGACGCAUGUAUCGCAUGGGGAGGGACAUGGACGAAUGCAGCCAAAACCGACCAACAAAACACAUGCAGCAAAGGCCAAAAAGCUUGCUGGCGCUUCUCUCUCCCCCCUUCUGCGUCUGCUCUCCCCUCGUCCGUCCAUCAGGACACUGCAAACUAAAUUAAGGAAGGCGAUCUCCCUUGUGCUGGUACUUCGUUCGUCAGUCAACCAACCAGUCUCCCUUUCCCCCCCUCUCGCCAUCAACACCGGUCGCAUUGUUGGUCCCCUUGUCACAGAAGAAGUCGCUCCCCCCCAUGGCGGCCAGCUUGCUCUCCAUCCCAGAUGUGAUUUCUUUCGCCAUCGUCUGGCAAUAGGACGUGACGGGGACGAGUUCGUAAUACGACACGCCGUCUUUGGUGAUGCCCUGCGAGGUGCGGGUCACUCGGAAGGGCUCGCCCAGCAACAAGCCUAGCUCCUCAGUGCCGAAAAACGCCCUGGACACAUACACGCGUUCACAGAGGCGUUUGUGUGUCUGCAUCCAUCCAUCAUCUGUCUGUCUUGUGACUGACCAGCUGAUCAUGGCGAUAGAGAACGGAAUGUAGUAAGGAGCCUCGCUGCCUGCAAGAACCAGGGGCAAAGUCAUAACGCCGAUCGACAGUAUGCGACUGGUAUGCCGAGCAUAAACCGGCGGCACAGGGGUCUUCGCCAGUCGUUCGCCGUCCCCUACCGCACGCUCAAGCGCACUGAUGUAGUCAGCCAUCUGGGAAUACACCGCUGGGCCGUAAUUCUCAUUGUGUCCGCUCCAGAAGCCGAACUCGUCUUUCUCCAUCUCCCUGCUGGCCGGAGGGAAGGUGGGAAACGACGCUGUGCUGGGAGUGAGCAGCUCGUUGGUGUAGGAGGGGGCUGUGGGCGAUGGUGGGGUGUCGUCAGAUGCCGACGAGGCUCUUGUGGAUGGAGGGGGGACGAUUAGAGGGUUGCUCAGGGUCUCGCGCGUCAACAGAGUCAGCUUGCUGCACACUGCACACACGGACACGAUCCACAUCGAGUGUGUGUGUGUGUGUAUGUGUGCAGUGGCCCGGCAGGCAGACACACACGUGUGUGUGCGUGGGUGACCCACCUGCGAGCGGUUUGUUUCGUUGGUUUAGGUUGAAGAGCUCCCGCAUCUCUUUGGCGUUGAUCAGUGGCGAGAACUCUGUUAAGUCGCUCUCCUGACGCAAAUGCUGCUUGAGCGCCACGCCAUACGCAGCCGUGAACCUGUGUGUGGUUGACACAAGACACAAGACCAACGAAGAUGACAUUUCAUGGGAAGACAAUCGACAACCGAUUCGGCACGGUCAAGUGUGUGUCCUCACCUGAGCAUGUUUGCCCGCAGAUCGGAGUUGUCGACGAAGGUUGUGGUGAGCCGCUUGAUGCCCCUGCAGUUGUUGAUGACGGUCGACCACAGCUCCACUGCCUGCAGGAAGCGAUCGUACGACUGCUGGAUGCGGAAAGCCAACAGCAGACCUGCCACACACACACACGCCACAACUACAUCAUCCGCACACACACACGGAUAGCGGCUGGCUCACCCAGGACGCUUCCGAGCAAUGCAUGCGGCAGUGGUGUGAGCGUAGGCAGCUGGGGGUACUUCCAGUAGACAGUGGCAAUCACCAUCGACCAAGCUACAUUGAACAGCAUGUGGUUGGAUAUUCGCCGCAAGAUCCGCGAAUUGGGCAGCGUGAUGAGCGACGCGGGCCACGAAAAGUCAGUCGACCACGAAAACUCUGAACACAAGCAAGCAAGCAAGCAAGCAAGCACGUGACAGCGAGAUGCAUUGCACAGCCGGCGUGUGCGUGCCGUGGGCUCUGCGCGUACCGUCGUAAUCGAGUGUGGACGUCCAUUCAAUCAGUGGCCGGACAAUAGGGUCUCGGUAUAUCAGCGGCUUGGUUGCAUUGACCGCCCCCGUCUCGUUCCUCUCAUCACCCUCGGCAGCCGUCGCAUUAUCCAAGAUGCUGGCUGCUCUAAUGCCAUCCUCGAGAAUCCUCGGCCACGCCGACCACCUUUUUCGCUCAUCGACCACACCUGUUGUCGGGUGAGAGUUGGGGACUGUGCUAGACUGCUGCUCGGUGGUCGGCUGGGCCGUCUGAGGGGACUGGGAAGAAGACGCGAGCAGCCGAGAGAGGCGACUCCUUCCUCGAAAGACGACUGUCGGACGAGAAGGCGCGGAUGCAGGCAAGAAGGCGGUGGCGGCUCCGGCAGAGAGUAGCAGCGCAGCCACAAGCCUCACCAGUAACAGCAUCGUCAACACAGGCUGGCGCAAAAGAGAGAGAAGAAAGACGAUGCGGGUGCAGCGACUGUUGCUGAAGAAAGCUUCCUUGCCUUCUUUUGUCGCUGCUCAUCACCCAAACAGCACGGCGACCUCAGAG